ACCACGGCGUAACCGGAGCAUUCCUCUUUCUUGUGUAAAAAAAAAGUCGAAGAGGAGCAGCAGAGAUGGCCGGAGCCGCAGAUCGACAGCAGCCCAUGGAAGAGGCGGCGGCGGCGGCCAAGCGGAGCAGGUCGGAGCACCACCAUGGCGUCGCCGACGGGCUGUCCUUCCGGAUGGAGGACCUUCCAGCGGAGGUUCAGCCGCUUAUAAUCUCACUGCUGCCACUGAAAGAGGCCGUGAGGACAAGCACUGUUUCAAGAAGUUGGACAACGCUCUGGAGAUUCCACGGCAACCUAUGUUUUCAUGGCCCCGAUGAUUUGGAAUUUGACACCGCUGAUCAACAUAGUGCCAAAAUAAAAAGAGCAAAGUUCAUUGAGGCUGUAAAUUUGGUUAUUCAGCAGCAUAGUGGGAUAGGAAUCAAUAAGUUCAGCAUCAGAUGUGGCAUGCACAAAGAGUACUCUGAUAAUUUUGACAGGUGGAUUGGGUUUGCUGCUUCAUCAAAGGCAAAUAUAAUAGAUUUUAAUCUGAAGAAUAUUUAUCGCCCAUUGGAAAUUCACCACUUCCCUCUUGAGGCCUUAGAUUCACAAGGUUGCUCAUUUGUGCAGUCCUUAUUUCUCACCAGUGUUUCUAUUAAGCCACACUCAGGAAUAUCAGGCUUUACAAUACUCAGAAGGCUUGUUCUGAAAUUUGUUGAGAUAUUAGGAGAUUUUCCAGGCUUGCUAGCAAAAUGUUCAGAACUUGAGGACUUAGUGAUCAUCUGGUGCUAUGGUGUGCAUGACUUAAUCAUACCACACAAACUCGAUAAACUUCAACAUUUGCGGAUUUCCGGAACGGACGUCCAGAUGGUUGAGUUUCAUGCUACUGAUCUGGCUCAUUUUGAGUACAACGGGCAAGUGAUCCCUAUAGUGCUUCAUGGCUGCACAAAACUAGAGAAGGCAACAAUAAAGUUUAAUGGCACUCAAGCACUGGCACAUGCAUUCACUGCAGUUCCAAGCAUUUUGCCUGUGAAGACAUUAAAUGUGCAAGCUUUCAUACCAAAAUAUGCACAGUUGCAGAAGCUGCCAACAAGACAACAGGGAAUGUUUUUGCAUUUGAGGCAUAUGACCUGUCAAUUAAUUGUCAACUCUAACGACCCAAAUGGUGAUAAUGAAGUUCUUCAACUGGCCAAUUGUUUGGAUGUUGCACCAGAACUGGAGACAUUGGAAUUGCAUAUGCUCUGCGCGAUACCCAGUGGUUUCUCCAGCGGUGAGGUGGUGGUUAUGCGCUGCCAUGAUCAUCUCAAGACGGUCUUCAUGAGCGGGUUUCGCUGUUACAAGGCUCAGAUUAACCUGGCAUGCUGUAUCUUGGGAAAUGCUUCUGUUCUUGAGCAGCUGAUAAUAGAACCAAGGAUCAGAGACACAACAUGGCCGGGUGAUUCUUCUAGGUUGAAUACCGGCCUUGAAGAAAUUUUACCGGGGAUUUGUGAGUGGGCACAGCUCACCUCGAAACGCUUUGGUAAGGUGAUCAACGUCUUAGGUGCCCCCCUUCACACGAUGGAGGCUUCUUUGGCCGGGCAAGACGCAGGAUCUCUUCAGCACCAUCGUUAGCGAGUGCCGCCUGCAGAUUAUUAGGAGUAGAUCUUAAUUGGUGGGAUGCUAUGUUGCUCAGAUUCUGUAAUCCCCUGAUAUCUGUUUAACCUCUCUGUAUCCUGAUCCUGGAGUGAGUGAGUAUGUUUCUCUGUUGGGGAGCCUUGCACCAUGCUAGGGUUUGAUUGUUGUUCCUAUGUACUAACUGGCAGCCCGAGUAAACUUUGUUACCUUUUGCUCUAACGAAAAGCUCUCAAAUCUUCAAGCCAUA